GCUUCCUUCUCUGCAGAGAUCUGGGGAAAGGCCGGCGCCGACCUGCUGGCACAAGCGAAUGACCUGGUGUCAGAUGCCAUGGGCAAGGGUGCCGCUGGACUUGGCGAGCUCAAAUCCAAAGCUGGUCGCAGCUCCGGCGCCACUCAGGACGCAGCUGCCACCUUCGUUGCCCUGGCACGCGCUGAGCUGAAGGCAGGGCAAUAUGCUGAAGCAACGGAAGCGGCAACGAGCGCUUUACGACUCCUCAAAGAACUCGGUGUGGGGGCCUUGGCCCAGCCGGGCGACUUCAAGGGCACGGCGCCGAAGCCGAAGAUCCUCUCCCCGGAGGAAGCGCGGGAGCGCGAACGAAUCCUCCGCCCUGUGCGAGAAAAGAUGCUCCUCUUCCGGGAAAUCGGUGUCCCCGAUGAGGAAGUUCAGCCCAUGCUAAAGGCCCUGCAGGCUGAUUCAGUGGAGAGCGACGGCGAUGCAGUGAAGACAGCAGAGGUGCACUGCAAGAACGGCAACUACAGCAAGGCGCUUGAGGUGGCAAACAAGGCGCUUGAAAGCUUCAAGUCUGCCAACGACAAAGCAGGCCAAGCUGCAGCGCUGGUGGUCGUUGCCUCCGCACAUCGAGGACUGGGAGACAAGCCUGCAGGCUUGCAAGCAGCAAGGGCAGCCUUGCCUCUCGCCUAUGACGCCCAGGCGAAGGUGACAGAGGCCGCUGCGCGGCGCCUUUGCGCCGAUCUUCGAGCCUCGAAGGCCCCACCGAAGGUGACCCCUCCGACCUUCGGUAUGACCAAGGCCUUGGAUCACUGUGUUCCUGGAGUGUCUGGACCUGCACAUUGCCCUACAGAGCCUUUCGUGGGGCUGCAACGAUUGGUUGGUCUCCAGGAGUCGAAGAAAUUGUCGGGGCAAGUGGCGGUGGUCACUGGUGCCUCCCGAGGUAUCGGAAAAGGUAUCGCCCAGAGCUUGGCAGAGGCAGGGGCCAUCGUCUAUGUGACCGGAAGAUCCGCACCCGGAAAGGAGACCGAUGUCAUCCUCAUGGGCACCGUGGAUGAAACUGCCUCGACAUUCGGCAAGCUGGGCGGCACUGGCGUAGCGGUGCACGUGGACCACGCACAAGACACGCAGAACGCAGCGCUGGUGAAGAUGAUUUCUGAAACCCACGGACGCUGCGACCUUUGUGUCAACAGUGCUUUCUACAUCCCGAAGCCGGACAUGAUUUUCUUCAGCACGCCGAUCUGGAACCAGCCGAUGCGAUUUCUGAACGAGCAGACCUCUGUGGGUGGACUGAACCACAUAGGCUUCACCGUGGGGCUUCUUCCAUGCUUGCGCCGUGGUCGUGGCGUUGUUAUCAACGUCUCCUCCUGGGGCUCUCAGAUGAAUAUCUUCCCCUUCCCGCUCUCCUACUACUGUAACAAAGCCACCUUCGAUCGAUCAAUGAUGGCUCUCUCCGAACGUGUCCGCAACUAUGGCGUGCACAUCCUCACUUUGUGGCCAGGCAGCGUCAAGUCGGAGCGAAGUGUGAUGGGGGCGAAGCGAAGUGCGACCAGACUUAUCGACCUUGAAACCGUCCGAUUCACUGGAAACGCCAUCGUCGCCCUUGGGGCAAUGGGGCCGGAAACCCUCCACCAGUACUCGAUGAAGCAUCGCGUGCCGGGACCGAGAUGA